AUGAAACUCAUACAAAUGCAGUUUGGAAGCUUCCGUUUAUUAUAUAGCGAUUCCGUGAGAUUCUGCCCUGUAGCGUUGAUUAUACGAGCGGGUAGGAUCUUAAGUAAGAGGAAAAUUAAACGAUUUUCAAGAUUUUAUGUGAAUGCUUCAUCAAAUAAGCUACUAAGUUCUGUGUUCAUUGGCAUUGAAAUCGAUAUUGCUGGAAUUGUUUAUGUUGCAGAAUUUACUAUUGGUGGAUUUGCUGCUGACGUUGGAUCUCCUGGUGUGGGACUGGCUGGCGAUGGAUUUGCUGAUGAUGGACUGGCUGGCGAUGGAUUUACUGGCGAUGGAUUCACUGGUGAUGGACUGGCCGGCGAUGGAUUCACUGGUGAAGGACUGGCUGGCGAUGGAUUAACUGGUGAUGGACUGGCUGGUGAUGGAUUCACUGGUGAUGGAUUCACUGGUGAUGGAUUCACUGGUGAUGGACUAGCUGACGAUGGACUGGCUGACGGUGGAUUGGCUGGUGAUGGACUGGCUGGUGAUGAACUUGGAUUUGAAGAUGCUUGGUUAGAUGGAGCUGAAGUAGAUGAUGCUAGAUUUGAUGGUUGUAAUGUUGUUGGUGCAGAUGUGGUAGGGCUAGUUGAAAUUGGUCUCGUUGAAGGCGAUGCUAAUUCAGUAGUUGGCUGUGAACUUGAUGGUGAUGCUGUUUCUAUUUGUAGUGGUGGAAAGAAGAAAGGAAAAGAAGGAAAAGACGGAAAAAAAGGAAAAUUUGGAAAAGGCGUUGUUGAUGAUAUGAGUGGCAUUGAAGUCACUUUAGUAGUUCCUAAAAAUUCUCCAUUUACAGCCACCGAACAAUUCCACUUAAAAGUCGUAAAAUGUGUAAAACAACAAGGUGAAAUCAAUUCAAUACAUGAACGGCGUUAUCAAAGGUCAGCUAUGCAGUAA